AUGAACACACAAUACACCUUUCCUUCCACUAAACCCGCGUCUUCUACGCUAGAAAACACUCAUGAUUCAUCUGAAUUGUCUUCACCUCCGCCCAACUUUGUCGCUGCUACUGAUAAUAAUGAACCAAAACAGCAACAACAAACUAAUAUAAAUACAAUAACGGCAAAUGCAAACUACAGUUCCCCUCCAGAUCAAGAACAAAAUUUGCAUACAAACAUGACCCCAACCCUUUUAAAUACAGAACAAAUUUACAACAACAAAAUACAAAAUGCUCAACAACAAACCGUAAAUAUAAGCAAUGAUAGCAAUAGUAAUACAAAUAACGCACAGCUUUACCCUGUACCACAGGGUUUUGUUGAUCAAAAAGAACGAAACCAUAUUUUGAGAAUAGAUAUACCUCCUCCAGAACCAUCUAAUGUUGAGCUUAUGAACGGUAUGAAAAACAGUCUUAUUGUUACUACCGAAACAAUGAUGUACAAUGAAAACCCGCAACCGCAACCGCAACCGCAACCUCAACUAGAACCUUUAUCCACCACUAGUAAUGCUUCUUUAAGUAACAUACAUGCUCAAGUAGCAAGAAAACAGUUAGCCACGGAGUGGAAAACUUCUUCAGAAUAUGCUUUGCAUAUUUUAUUUACCAAAUUUGUGAGAUAUAGUGAAUCGAUGUUGAACCAAUGUUUGAAAUACUCUUUUCAUGAGGAGCCCCAAAUUGUGAAUAUUAUUGGCGAAGGGGUCGAUAAAGAAUUUGAUAAAAUUAUAAAAGCUUUAGGAUAUAUAGCGAGAACAAACCCAAAACCUGUGAUCGAUGCUAUGAUGUUCUGGAGAAAGGCAAAAUCAGAGCUAGCCACCAAGGCGGGUGGUGCGGUUGAAUUACUAAUGAAACAGUACAAACAGUCGUCCCAACCAUCAACUCCAAUAAUAACGACAACAGCUACACAGACCAAUAACACAGGUAUCCAUCAUUUUUAUCCUUAUACUCGUCGUCAUCAAUCAAAAACAUCUACUGGUUCUAUUUCUUCUUCCUCUGGAAAUAGUGCCUCUCCAUUUAAAAACGGAUUUGACCACAAGCAGAAAGCAUUAGAAAGACAAAUAGAACUAGCCAAAGAAGCCGCCUUUCAAGCAGAUAGGAAAAGUAUGAUUAGUAUUUAUAUCUUAUGCAGGGUCCUUAUUGAAAUUGUUAAACAGUGUGUUUAUACGGAGUCCAACUUGGAAUUGAUUCAUAAAUUGGAAGAAAUUGUAUUUACUCAAUUGAAAACCACCGAUCCACUAUCUGUAUCUACUAGUAUUAUACGGUCUUCUAACUGGAAUAGUUUUGCGGAGUUAUUAGGUUGCAUGAGCGAUAUAAAUUUUGUAAGCGUUAGUGAUAGAUUUAUUGCAAGUCUAGAAAAAGUACCAGUAUUGAUAUCAAAAGAAGAAGAACCUAAUUUCCAAUUAUUAAUUUUAGGUAUGAGAUAUUUGAAGUUGAAGAAUUACCCCUUGGAAAGAUUUGAGGAAGGAGCAGAUUGUAUUAAAUCCAUUGCCAAGUUUUUUUCAAAAUCACAAAAUAUUGCUGUGAAAUUAGCCUAUGCAGAUGUUUUAACUCAUUUAUUGUUGCCUCUUGUUGGCGAUUUGACUGCUGAAGUCAACCAUCCCGACUGGGUCGAAGCAAUGGAGAUGAUUAUUAAUACAUGUACCAAAUUGAAACACGAUCACAAGUCCUGGGCAAGUUGGUUUAAGUUGACAGUAACUGUUUUAUGUGUUUCUCCACAGGAAUUGUUUAGCGUUAGCUGGCUCUCUUUAAUAGAAGAUAACGCAAUUAAACUGAAAUCAAAAAGUUUAGAAGAAAGAAUUAAUUUUGCCGUUGGAAUUUCAAGGCUAGUUUGGGUGUAUUUAUUCCGCUGCACAGAAUCAUUAAAUAACACAGAAAAAUCAUUGAAAAGAAUAUUUUCAUUAUUUAUUAAACCGAAAAAAAAGGAUAAUUGGGUAACUACCGAUUCUGCUUUAUUGGAGCCACUAGUAGACAUUUUAGUCACCAUAAGUUACCAGCAUAGUACUUUAGUAAUUGAAAACAUUUUAUUGCCCUUAUUGAAGUUGGGAUUUAAUGGCAGUUCAUUGGAUAAUGUACAGCAUGAAAAGUUAAUGUUGACUAUAUCCGCAUACAAGGGCCUAUUACUAUCGAAGGAACGUCCAUCUUUUCCUUCAACUGAUACUAGGAACUAUGAUCUUGAUUUAAAUAUUAUAUCAAAUAAGGCGUCUGAUCCUAAUAGUCAAGAUCAUGAAGAAAUGUGUUCGCUUAUUAAUAAGUUAUUUUUGUUGUUAGAUUCCACCAUUGGAUCAGAGAUUUGGUCUCCUGAAAACGAACACCAAAGAACUCCCUCCACACCUUUUCAACAUAUUUCAUCAUUUGGGUUUUCCUUUAACAAUAACACCAACAACAAUAAUACAAAUAAUAAUAUUAUUGGAAAUAAUAUUGGAAGUUCCAACGGCACUGCAUCUUAUGAUAGUUUAGGGAAUAAAUCGGAUCUAAAUGUUGCAUUAUUCGCUAUCAUUAUUGAAGUAAUUCCAUGUUGUUUGGCUGCUUGUAAUAACAUUCCAUUUAAAAGUACGAUUGAGAUUCUAUCAAGGAAUGCUGUUCAUAAGGAACAAGUGAUCCAUAAGACUUCAGAAAUAGCGUUGCGUGCACUUGCCUCAAAAAAGAACCCCUAUACACUAAUCACCUGGUUUGCCAAAUAUUCCUUUGAUUUUGACGAAAAAACACAAUCGAGUUAUAAUACAUCCUAUUUAUCAUCAACUGAAUACCAAGAUUUGCUAAUUUUGUACACAGAAUUGUUAGAAUGCUGGUUAGAACAGUUUCAAAGAUCAAACGAAGAAGCUGAAAAAAAAGAAAUUGGCCUUGAUGGAAUUCAUUUGCCAUUCCAAGAUGAGAACAAUCAGGAUAAAAUUGUUACUCAGGAAUUAGAAUAUAAGAACACAUGUACUGUUAUAGAAGAGGUUGAAGGGAAUGGCUUAUUCUUCCUAUGCUCGCAUGAUGCUGGUAUCAGGAGAUUGGCUUUAAAAAUCCUACGAUCUGUCGCCAAGUUUGACAGUGCCAUGUGCGAAAAGACUACAAAAAUGGAAAAAUCACACAGCAGAACUUCGUCAAGUAAAUUUUUUGCCGAAAGUGGCUCAAGAUUAAUUGAUAUAUUAAACACUUGUGAUUUUUCUAAAUUGGUACCAGCUGAUGUAUUAUCCAAGCUGAGUACUGCUGAAAAAAGCCGAUUAGCAAAGCUAAGUAACAAACACAAAAAGGGUGUCUUGGUAAGAUUGGCAGAAAGUGACUACGGCGUUGAUGCUGCUUUAUGGAUGCGAGGAUUCCCUAAGCUUUUAAAUAUAAUUUUUAAAAGUUGCCCUAUCACAAUGGCCCUGUGUCGGUCCAUAGUUUGUAUUCGAUUAGUUCAGUUACAUGAAAUUAUUUUGUCUAUAUCAAACAACACCCACGUUGCUACGAAUCCUAAUGUUCUACCAGAAAACAUUGUAUCUGAAUGGAAAUUGUUUUUAAUAGUUGCAUGUUCCCUAUUAACUUCAACAAAUGAACAAAAAAUGCACCUUCCUGUAAUGAAAACCCAUGGGAGGAAAAAAAGUCAGCAAAUAUUUACUGUUCAUCAUCAAAAGAUCAAAUCUGCACGAUCCAUUUUCAAAAUGUUGUUGCCAUUGUUGAACACUAAGAACCCUUUGGUUAAAGAUGCUAUUAUUUCUGGAUUAAGUUGCAUCAACAUAAAUAUUUUCAAAGCAUUUUUGGAAAGUGUUGAAAAAUCGCUAUGCAAUUGGAACUUUGAAAGUCAGACUAAUCAAGUUAGAAUGGAAAUCUUUCAUAUUUUAAAUACUUCUUCAUCCUUUUUGAAGGAACCUAGUAUUAAUGAAGAUGAGUGGAUUUUACGAAGUUUGGCAAAUUUCCUACAAAAUGCGAAAAAGUUUUUAGAAGAUCCACGUGUGCAGAUUUCUCCGACUUUUCAACCUUUACGUGUCUAUUUUUCUGGAUUAUUAUGCAACUAUUAUAAAGCUAUCGUUGGCCAUCCAGAUAUCAUGCAAGAAUUAUUCCCAUUUGAAGCAAGAACAUCAUGUUUUAAUUAUUUAAUGGAAUGGUGUGGCUAUGGUCAAUAUUCUAAACUUUGCAAAGAGAUGUAUUCUCAAAUGUUGAAACACUAUCAUGGUACUCGUGAUAUCACAUCAGUGGCAACCUCACUAGAAUUUUACAGGACAAAGUUGGAAACAUCCUCUUUGGAAUGCAUGGUUACUUUGUUACAAGGUCCAGUUACUUACGAAUUUAACCCCAUUGGGGACUCUGAGCCCAUUGUAAUUUCCUUUGACAUCAAUGAUCUAUUAAUUUGGAUCAAUUCAUUGUUUUCUUCAGAUGAGCCUAAUCUCAGACAGUAUGGUUGCUCGGCCUUGCGGAAUUUGUUACAAAAUAAUGUGGAAAACAAGGAUUUGUACAAUAGAGUAUUGAAACAGUGUUUUUUUCAUAGUGUUAGCCUAGAUGUCACUGAACUGUAUUAUAAAACUAUUUGUGAGUCAUUGUUGAAGGGUGAACUUAAAAUGACUAUUAAUGAGGACGAUGCUGUUACUUUAGGAUUGUAUGGUAUCAUAAGUGAAAAUAGAGAUAUUCGUACAUAUGCUAUUGAUUUAUUGUCUACUAUUGAAUCAGAAUUGCACAACUCUUCUUAUACAAAGGUGUUUAAAGAAAGAAUUGCUAAUGAUUCAAAGACAGUAUAUAAAGCUACUGCAAAAGAGAUAUCAAACAUUUUCGCGGAACUUCCAACACAAGAACAAAGAUUGAAAUUAUAUUCCAAGUUAUGUUUAGUUUUAGAAUUGUUAACUUUUGAUUUGAAACACGAUUUAUUAAUUUUGUUGUUGCCAUGGGUUCAUAAAUUUGUGUUAAAAAAUUCGGAUGAACUCGACACAUUUAUGGUAUUAAAUAACACCGUAGGUAUAACUGUAAUGUGCAAUGAUAUUUUCCCAAUGGAGGUAGAACAACUUUGGAUUUCAUUAGGAAAGGGCAAUUCAUUUCAAAAUUUACAUGUUGCCUCGGACUACAUCAUAAAGACAUCUAUUCUCUCACGUAAUCCAGAAUACGUCAAGGUUUGUAAGGAUAUUAUCCUAUAUUUAUCGAAUGUUCCUGGUGGACUGGGUGUUGUUGAUAAAUUAUUAAAUAGUUUAGAACCAAAAUUCACCAUUCCGAACACCAGGAGUGUUUUUAGAAUACCGGAAAAUACAAAGUAUGAUAAUAUUACUGACGUGUUUAGAUUGAUUAACUACACGGGUAAAGAUGUGCACUUUUCAAGGGCACAAAUAUCCACUAUAUUUUUGGUAAAUUUGUUGUCUUUAUCCAAUGAAGCAGUUAGUGCGAAAAUACCAUUGUUGUUACAUAUAUGCCUGGUAUUUUUGGAUCACUAUAUACCGAUUAUCCAAGAGUCUGCUGCGAAGAUACUAUGUGAUUUGAUCUAUGCUUUAAAUCCAUCGCACGAAAAGAGCGAGCAGACAGUCAAAAUCAUUAAAGAUAACUCGGAAUUGUGGGCUUACAAUCAAUUGGUGAAGGAUAAAAAAGGUGCUAGAUCUCCGAAGACAAUGGACUUGGUUAUUAAAAAUAUCUUAUUGAUUAUCUCUGGGAAAAGUGAGUUGCAAGAGGAGUGGCAGCGCAUUGCAUGCAAGUGGGCCACAACUUGUUCAGUCCGUCACAUUGCAUGCAGAUCUUUUCAAAUAUUCAGAUCUUUGUUAACUUUUUUGGAUUUGAAUAUGCUGGAGGAAAUGCUACAUAGAUUAUCAAAUACUAUAGCAGAUGAGAACCCAGACAUACAAGGGUUUUCCAUGCAAAUUUUAAUGACGUUUAAUGCUUUAACAGCAGAGUUAUCACCGGAAAAACUAAUUGAUUUCCCUCAGUUAUUUUGGGCUUUGUGUGCAUGUUUACAAACCAUUCAUGAACAGGAGUUUAUUGAAGUAUUGUCCAGUUUGAUAAAGUUUGUAUCUAAAAUCGAUUUGGAUUCUAUUGACACAGUUCAGUGUUUGAUUGCUACUUUCCCAUCUGAUUGGGAAGGAAAAUUCAAUGGGUUACAAGAAAUCAUCAUGAUUGGUUUAAGAUCUUGUAAUUCAUACGAAUUAUCAAUGAGAUUUUUGGAUAGAUUAAAUUUAUUAAAAGACACUCAGAUCGUGGCUAACUCAAAUACUAGGUUGUUGUAUGCUUUAUUAGCAAAUAUACCAAGAUUUAUGUACACUUUUGAUAAAAAGGAGUAUUUGAUAGAAAUCCAACAAGGUGCAGAAAACUUGAUUGAAUUAUGCGCUAUGUGUAACCAGCCCUCUUUAUCUAGGUUGAUUGAUUCUUUGGCCAAUAAUAAAUUUAGAUCUAAGAAAGAUUUUAUAAGUCAAAUUGUUAGUUUUAUUUCUAGGAAUUAUUUUCCAGAUCAUUCUGGGACCUCAUUGGUAUUUUUUUUAGGCUUAUUAUUUAACAGUACCGAUUGGAUAAGGCUCCAAGUUUUGGAAUUUUUAAAAUAUAUUUUCCCAUUAGUUGAUUUAACAAGACCGGAAUUUUCCGGUGUUGGAGCGGACUUGAUAUCUCCAUUGUUGAGUUUGUUAUUAACUGAUUAUGAUUUUCAAGCUUUGGAGGUGUUAAAUUGUGUACACUCUAUCCAGGGAAGUAAAAUCGAUAAAGAUAUUUUGAGGAUAAGUAUGGGCAAUAAAGAGAUCAAGAAAAAUUAUGCAAAAAUUGAAACACUAUUCUACGUACCGGAUGAUGAGGGUGGAUGGUCUAUUCCCAAGCCUGCUAUUGCUGCCGCUUCAACGAGACAUAACGUCCAUGCAGUUUAUUCAACAUGCCAUAUCAAAACUUCUUCCAAUAUUGGUGGUAAUACCAAUGGUGGUGUUCCUUCGAACAAUACGGUAACUAUUUUGGACCACAAUAAUUAUACCACUACUCCUACUGAUAAUAUUACUAAUAACAAUAAUAGUGCAAGUGUUGUGGUUCCUAAUACAACUACACUAAUAGAUAAUGCUAAUGUAGUAAUGGCGAAUGAAGUUGCUGGUACUAACGUACCAUAUGUUUUUCAAGACACGUAUACCGACGAUUACAGGAAUACGAAUGAACAGAAGAGGCCACAACAACAUAUACCAAGCACCGAGAAUGUGAUAGCUUCUGGCGAACAACGCUUGCAGAUCACUGCCGACACAGAUAAGUUACUGCAACAGCCACAAAAACAACACCAACAAGAAGUUGCAACGGACACCUUGAAAAUUAAAGAUGAACAAGGGAGGAAUAUGCAAUACAGGGAAAUAACUAGAAAAGCAGAAGAAGAAAAAGAACAACAACAACAACAACAAGAAGAAGAAGAAGAAAAAGAAGAAGAGGAGGAGGAGGAGGAAGAAUAUUAUAGAAUGUACAAUAACAUGAUAUUAUUUGAUGAAGAAGAAGCAGCAGCAGUGGUGACAACAUCAAUUGAAGAAGACGAAAUAGAUUCUGAUUAUGGUGACAAUCAUAUUUCAUAUAUUAGACAUAAACUCAGUAAUACUGACAUUAACGCUGCUAGUGAAAACAAUAUCAGUGAUAAUCGCUAUACAAUAAAUAAUAAUACUAAUAAAAUUCUCGAUAAUACUGUUGGGCUUACUAUGAGAGAAGAAAAGAUACUCAAGCCCGGCAACAGUAACAGAGCGAACAGAGACAAGAAAAAAAGAAAAAGUAGAAAAGGAGGAAUCAGCAAAAGGGGUAGAUCUGAAGAAGAAAGAGAAAUUGAAGUUGAGUACUAUGACAAUGAAUCUAUCGUAGGGAACGAGGAUCCAGAUGCUUCUUUAAGUCAUAUGUGGGCUGAAUUGGAUAAUUUGGAUGCAUUUUUUACCAAAGAUUCCAGUGAAUUUUGGUCAAAACCAUCAAACGACUUUAAAGGUUUAUAG